CUAAAUCUAAGUACACGGGUGUUUUGCAUUUCGCCUCCAUCGAAAUGCGGCCGCCGUGGGCGGGAUUCGAUCCUGCGACCUCGUGCUCAGCAGCCCAACACCAUGGGCCUCUCCUUGAGUGAAUAGGGAAAUUACCAGUACGCAUUUUUCGGGUGCCUGUUCUCGGAGUGCGUGACGUAGUUUGGUCAUCGAAACGUUUUCCUGUGCCACUGCCGGGUGAUCGCUGUGCGUCCAUCGUGCACAGCCCGUUCCGUCUAGUUGAGCUGUAAGAACCGCGAGGCGUUAAAGAUGGGACUCGUCGCCCAAAUUGCAAACUUCGGUGACGAGCGCGCCCUCCUUGCGUCCCAACCCAAAAGGCGCUGCUGGACUUCUACGGCAAGUUCUCGGACACCAACGUGUCUCGGCUGGAGCGCGAGCUGAGCGCGCUGAUGGAGCGGCCCGAGCUCGAACCCCUGGCGCUGUCUCGGUGCAAGACCAUGGCCCUGGUCGACCUGCCGGCCAUCGACUACCUGCGAUGGGCGCCUAUGCUGCGGAGCGCCUUUGGCACCGACGACAUCUUCCCACAGGACCUGAUCAAGCUCGCGUGCCCCGGAUACGUGCUGGGCCUGUUCAACCGGGGCUCCCUGCCGCGCGUCACCGACCUGCUCAACUACGUGCUGUUCCGCAUCGUGGCCGCGCUCAGCCCGUUCAUGGCCAACGCGACGCUGCGCGACGCCACGUCGCGCGCAUACGCCGCUCCCGGCUCGGCGGCCCCGCUGACGCCCCGGCAGCUGUGCGUGCGCCUGCUUGACCGCUUCGAACCCGCGGUGCCCAUGUACCUGGCGGCCAACAUGUCGCUCGCCUACCUGGGCGCCGAGGGGGACGUCCAGGACCUGCUCGAGGGACAUCUGCAGGCACGUGAUGCGCCGUGUGUACGGGCCUUUUUCUCGUGGCACGGGAGACGCCCACCUUUCGGUCGGUGGCAGCUGCGCAUAUGUUUUAUCCCUGAAGCUUGUUCGCUCGGCACGUGCAUAGCCCAGUCCAUUAGCGAGCAUGGGAUCGCCUGUCGAACUUCUCUUGUAAAGCACUAACGAUUAAUCAAUCGUCAGUGCUUCACAAGGAGUUCGGCGGGCCCAGAUGUGUAGAGAACGCGACUCCGAGGGCCAUGGAUUUCCUGGGCGUAACUUUACAGACCACAGGCGUCUCCUUGUGCCACGUCC